AUGGUGGACCCUGAGGGGACGGUAGAGACGUCUCCUGCGGACAAGAGAAGCUAUCGGUCGCUGGUGCUCGCUAACGGCCUGCGAGUGCUGAUCGCGUCCGAUCCGAAGGUGGAGACGUCGGCAGCAGCGCUAAACGUGCACGUGGGUCACUUCUCGGACCCUGACUACGUGCCUGGGCUGGCGCAUUUCUGUGAGCACAUGCUUUUCCUCGGGAACAAGAAGUUUCCGCAGGAGGGCGAGCUCGAAAACUUCCUGUCUUCCUACUCGGGCUCCUCCAACGCGUACACGUCGGAUGAGGACACGUGCUACUUCUUCAACCUCAACAGCGCCGGCUUCCGACCUGCCCUCGAGCGCUUCUCCCAGUUCUUCGUGUCCCCUCUGUUCACGGCGACCGCAGUGUCGCGGGAGAUCAACGCGGUGGACAGCGAGAACUCCAAGAAUCUGCAGACCGACAGCUGGAGGUUCAACCAGCUCGAGAAGGUCAGAGCAAACCCGGCGCAUCCCGUCGCCAAGUUCGGCACUGGAAACAAGGAGACGCUGGAGGUGAACCUGAAGAAGUCGGGCAGGGACGUGAGGGAGGAGCUGCUCAAGUUCUACGACAAGUACUACUCGGCAAACAUGAUGAGCCUGGCGGUGAUCGGGAGGGAGGACCUGAACACGCUGCAGUCGUGGGUGGAGGAGCUGUUCUCUCCGAUCCCCAACAAGGACGUCAAGCCCCCGGAGGAGAGCUGGGCAGGGAAGAUCCUGCCGUAUAGCAGGGAGGCGAGCAAUGUUGUCUACAAUGUUGUCCCAAUACAGGAUGAGAGGUCGCUCCUGCUCACCUGGCAGAUCCCCUACAAGUCCAAGGAGGAUAAGGAGCGGAGGAUGAAGUCGAAGCCCGACCGAGUGAUCGGCUCGAUCCUGGGCUACGAGGGGAAGAACUCGCUCCUCUCCUACCUCAAGACGGAGAAGGGCCUCGUCUCCUCCAUCUUCGCAGGAGUCGCCGACAGCGUGGCGGACUUCCAGUCCUUCGUGGUGAGCGUGGAGCUGACCAUCGAGGGGUUCAAGAGGAGGGACGAGGUUGUAGCCUCCAUCUUCAGCUACCUCGACCUGGUCAGGAGGGAGGGUAUUCCCUCCUACGUCCUCAGGGAGGUAGAGGAUUUGUCUCAGGUCUUCUGGCGCUUCAAGGAGACGGAGGAACCGGACCGGUUCGUCGGGGUUGUCAGCUCCAUGCAGGCCUUCAAGGACCCCCGUCUCUACCUCUCCGGCCCUGCCCUCGCCCGUGACCUCCAGCUCGACCUGGCCCAGGAGCUGCUCUCUGCGCUUACUCCGCAGUCUGCCAUGCUGACGUACGCAUCGAAGGAGUUCGCCAAGGACGCGAAGAUGCGCGAGCGCUGGUAUGGCACGAGCUACUACACCGAGGAGGCGGACAAGAGCCGCUGGGGUCGCCUUCCCCUUGCUGGCGUCUCGGUGCCGCAGCCAAACCCGUUCAUCCCCUCCAACUUCGACAUCAAGGGUUCCAUCGUAGAGGACCUGGCAAAGCCUGCCAUACCCCCUUCCCUCCUCGUCGACGACAGCACCUGGAGGCUCUUCUUCAAGCAGGACAGGAGGUACGGCAAGCCCAAGGCCGUCGCCUACGUGCUCAUCUCCCAGUUCGACUCCCUGCUGGGCACCGGGACCACCCCGCGAACUUCAGCGCUCACGAAGCUGCUCACCGCUUCCCUGGCAGACGCUCUUACGGAGUUUAGCUACGAUGCUGCGGUGGCUGGGCUGCAGUACUCUUGCGACUUCACGCAGCGUGGAGUCCGGCUGAACUUCGGGGGCUACAACGACAAGCUCGCCGACUUCCUCCUCUCGGUUGCUGAAAGGAUCAAGACUCACGUGCCCGAGGGCGAGGACAAGCUCGCACGCUACAAGGACCUCAUCUCCCGCGAUCUUCGCGCCUUCACCACCCAGCAGCCCUACCAGCACGCCGCCGAGUUCUCCCGCCUCUGCCUGGAGCUGCCGGCUUACCUCCCAACGGACGUCGAGCGAGAGCUUGACGGCAUCUCGCUCAAGGAGCUCAAGGAGUGGACGAAGAGACUCUGGGAGCAGGGUUACAGCCAGUUGCUGAUCCAAGGGAACGUGAGGGAGGAGGAGGCGCGUGCGGUGGCAGGGAGGAUGCGAGAGAUUUUCUCCUUCAAGGAGGUGCCAGAGGAGCAGAGGUCCCUCCCUCGCCUCCUUGAGCUCCCGAUCGUGAGGGAGGGACGAGGAAACUUGCUGAGGAGGAAGGAGCUGAACCCGGACAACCCCAACUCGGCCGUCGUCGUGCAGUUCCAGAACGUCAACCCCGACCUCAAGGAGCAGAUGGCCAUGGAGGUUCUGGCUAGCAUCGUCCAGCAGCCCUUCUACUCGGAGCUGAGAACAAAUCAGCAGCUGGGGUAUAUCGUGUACGCGGGGAUAGCGAAGAGAGACGGCUCAAGGUUUCUCAUCUUCACCACCCAGUCCAGCGUGGUGGACGCCAACGAGAUCGCCAGCAGGAUCUUCAGCUUCGUUGACUCGUUUGACAAGCAGCUGGAGCAGCUGGGGGAGGACCAGGUGUCAAAGUUCGUCACGAGCCUGAUCGAGAGGAAGCAGGAGACGGACAAGAAGCUCGCGGACGAGGUGCUGGGCCACUGGGACGAGAUCGCUACCAGCCAGUACAACUUCGAUCGCUACAAGGAGGAGGUGGAGGCUCUUCGGCUCGUGGACAAGCGCCUCCUCCAGCAGGUGUGGGCCUCCGUGGUCAAGACAGGAGGGGAACAACGCAGGGCCAUCACUUGCGAGGUCUACUCCCAGCAGCUCCCCAACACCCAGCAGCUGCUCGCCAAGGAGCCCAAGGACGGUAAGGGAGGAGGAGCAGAGGAUCGAGCUGGGGGGAAGCUGACAGGGAGCUGGUCAGGUUCGCGCCUCAUCCUCGACCCCGAGGCCUUCCGCAAGCAGCUCAACAAGGUCGCCAGGCGACCUGCGAAGGAGCCGCAGCUGAGGGCCUCCUCGGCUUGA